AUGUCUUCACGCGACGCCGUGUACAACGGCUCCAGGGAUGAUUCCACUCGCGGUGCUCAGACUGCCACCUUCCACAACAUCCCCAGCAAUCCAACUUACAAUCUAGACCGCUUUGUUAGCGGAAACGAUCGAUCCGUACCCACCCCUUCGAGCUGUGGCCCAACAGAGGCUAAGGCUAUAGCACAAUCGGAAGCCCGCGCAUCUGCCACAAUUGAUGCCUUCAACCAGCAGUUCAGCUCGGCCAACAGGCCGCCACACCAGUAAUACAAUAUCAAUGCAAUAUCCACAAGAUUUUGGGUUACUAUGCAUGUAGACAAAUCACCCAGACACCAAUACUCAGGUUGUGUCUGCCAAGGGAAGACCGGCAGUGCUUGGGUAACAACCUUCGGCUUUGCCGUGAUGCGCGGGAUUCGAGAUGCACAAUCGAACGAAAUAAGUUCUCUGUAACUUCCCCUUGGAGGCUAGGUAGCCUUUUUGGAGCCCCCAAGCCGUACUCUGGUGGUACUAAAGUGAAGAAGGAGCAGGCAAUUGCUAAGAAUGGUAGCUAUUUGUGGGGACGAGCUGAGCAAAUGUUUAUGAGAUGAGGCUCAACUGGGGCCCACCGCGGAUGUUGGAUUGGAGGAUAGGAUCUGACCUACAUGAGGGUGGGUGUGAAGUGUCCAUAGCGAUGAGCUGAGUGCUGUACAUGGAGAUCAGAAUUACCGCAGAUUGUUAAUGAUUAAGAGUUCCC